UUACUGUUGGCUUCACCGGGGACGGCACACAACACACGCUAGCUAGCCAUUGGCAUUAUCUGAAAAAAUGUCUAAAUUGGAGUUGUUGAGAGUGAUUUUUAACCARCGAUGUACAGGCGCUGCAGAUGAGAUAUUCAGAGCCGUUGCAAAAACGAUAUCAGAGUACCAGGACAACGUUAAUCUAUCGAAAGAGGACAACGGUCGUCUACAGGGGCUGCUUGAUGUCAUCCUGAAACCUGAGAUAAAGUUGUAUAGAGCAGACUUUGAGCAGUUCAUUGUCUCUGAAGUGGAGUUUCCCCCUGAGCAGCAGCACUUUAAACAAGAGUGGAGCCCCGAUUUGGGGCAAGAUGACUUGAACCCCAUACAGAUUAAAGAGGAACAGGAGGAAUUCAGUAUCAUCCAGAAGGAGGAGGACUCUGUAUUCACCCUUGCCUGGGUGAAAAGUGACUAUGAUCAGUACUCAACUCAGUCCUCACAAACCCAAAGUGAAGAGUACAAAGACAGAACAAAACCUAAGGAAGUGGAUUUUUCAAAGCCAACCAGUGGCUCUCGGCCCCAGCCCGAAUCAAGGAGGACACAGACAGAAAAGGGAAAAAGCUUUAUCAGAUCCAAGGGUAGAAAAUCAAUGGAUCUGAAAUCCCCAGUGCAAAGGAGGCGUCACACAGAAGAUAAAUCAUUUUGCUGUAGUGAUUGUGGUGAACGUUUCACUCAGAUGGGAAGACUGAAUUCUCAUAGGAUCAUGAUACACUCCAGAGGUAAUCAGUUUCGCUGUGAUGAAUGUGGCAAAUGUUUUGCUCAGUGGGGAUAUCUGGAUUCUCAUAUGAGGAUUCACACAAGGGUGAAUUGUGGCAAAGUAUUCACUCGGUCUGAACGCUUCGAACCCUCCUUGACCACUUUGAAGGAUCGCACAGGAGAGAAACUUUAUUGCUGUGUUGAAUGUGGCAAAUAUUUUUCUAACACUGGGUCCCUGAAUUAUCAUAGGAGGUCGCACACAGAGAAGAAAUCGCAUCGCUGCCAUGAUUGUGGCAAAUGUUUUUAUAAAUUUAUGGAUCUGAAUAUUCACAGGAGGAUUCACACAGGGGAGAAACCGUAUCGCUGCCAGUUCUGUGGAAAAUGUUAUAAUCAGCAGACUUCUCUAAGUUAUCACAUGAGGAAUCACACAGAGACAUCUUGUAACUGUCAUUAUUGUGGCAAAUAUAUUCGUCAUAAAGGUAAUCUGACAGCGCAUAUGAGGAUUCACACAAGGAAAAUCAGAUAAUUGUUGUUAUAGUAGCAGAUCUUUAAACACUGGCGGUCACAAGUGCAUAUGAGGAUAAUCAGAUGAGCAAUAAACUAUUUUGCUGUCAGGAUUGUUGUAAAUGGUUCACUCAUUACAAUCUGAAUCGUCUGGGGAGACGGAGGGGAGGAACCACAUUAAUACCAUAACUGGCAAAUCUUUCACAACUGCCUUUCAUAUGAGACAUUCACACAGGGGAGGAAUCUUCCAAGUUUUCUGUAGAAAAUGUUUCAGUGCCAGAAGUGCAUUGAAUAGUCAUCAGAGAACACACAGCGAAGAACAACCUUCAAAGCCUAAAGGGUCACCUGAGGACACACUUGAUUGACCUUUACUCUGGUAGCCCUGAAGCCUGAUCUCUAUUCAAAUCAAAUUUGAUUGGUCACAUAUACAUAUUUAGCAGUUGUAGCAAAAUGCUUGUGUUCCUAGCUCCAACAGUGCAGUAGUAUCUAACAAUUCAAAAAAAAUGCCUUGGAGGUGUGGAAGAAACAAAAGAUCCAAUUCGGGAAAGUUGUAUUACUGUUCGUAAUGCUGGUGAGUUACCGCCACUCUGAUAUCUAAAAGUACUUUCAGGCUGUAUGUAAUAACACACACACAAAUUCUGCAAAGUUGCUUAGCUAGAAGCAAAGCUUCCAUGUCUGGCAGCACCAUCUAUGCAUAACUAUUAAAGGCCAUAAUCAUUUUUCAUUCUGUAUUGGCUGUAACUCUCAUUAAGUGUGAAACUGUAUUUUUCCACUGAGAUCAGAACUUGUAUGGUUAAUUGUGUAGCCCGUCUCUUGUGUGCUUCAUUGUUCAAUAUCACCCAUCGUCUAUAAUGAUGCAUGUAUGUCUCAUUCAGAAUUAAUAUUCUUGUCACUCAGAAGAAGAAUUUGCCUUUGAACCAUUUGCCAUUUUAGCAGUUGUAUCUUGAAGAGGUUGCUGACUUUGCAGAGCGAUCUCCCAGUAGGCCUCUACUGUUUGCAACAUUAAAUACUUUUUCUGGACUUGA